CUAAGGCAGGGGUGGGCAACUGUGGCCCUCCAGCUGUUGUAGAACUACAAUGAGGCAUUGCAAAACUGACAGUUACAAACAUGUCUCCCAAAGGCAGAGGCAUGAUGGGACUUGUAGUUCACCAACAGCUGGAGGGCCACAGUUGCCCACCCUUGUUCUAAGUCCAGGGGUGUCAAACCGGUUGCCCUUCUGCUGUUGGAAAACUACAAGUCCCAUCAUGCCUCUGCCUUUGGGAGUCCUGCUUGUAACUGUUAAUCUUGCAAUGCCUCAUGGGACUUGUAGUUUGGCAACAGCUGGAGGGCCACCAGUUUGACAUCCUAGCCCUAGA